CCCACAUGACCGGAAGUAAAUACGGUUCAGCAGCAGUUCCCGCGUUUGGCAGGUCUUUCAAUCACAAACGUAAACUUGGACUAGCUGCCAGUCGUUCCGGAUAUGGAUGACCUGUAUUUAGACAAUAUUGACGAAUUUGUGCAUGAUCAAAAUAAGAUCGUCACCUACAAAUGGCUCAGUUUAACUCUUGGAGUCCACGUGAACACAGCAAAACAAAUGUUGUAUCAUUACUUGGAGCAGAAACGCAGGGAGAGUUCAGGGACUCCCCUUCAUGCCACCUACCUUGUAUCUGGCAAGUGUGUUGAGAAUGGUAGUACGUGGCAUAAAGUGUCAGUAGUACGUGAGGACAAGCUUGAUGCUGUUAAAGCAAAGAUGGAUGUGACGAUCAGUGUGCAUGUCUACAGUGUGCAGAGAGCGGAGCUGAAGGACAGUUCUCCACUUUACAGUACAGAUUACGAUGCUGUUAAGGAGAACCUAAAGAACUGCAACAAGUACAGCGCUAUACAUUGUGCCGCAGCAGUCCCCAUGUCAUCUGUAGAGCUGCAGAGAGCUCAGGAGAUGGCUUUGGUCCCUCCAGUGGAGAAGGAAAUCAGUAAACCUCGCUUGAAUGAAAGCACUUCUGCUAGCUCCAAACCUAGUGCUAAGCAGCCCACGGGCAUCAUGGGAAUGUUUGCAAGCAAAAAUGCUUCUAAGAGCCAAGAAUCCAGCAAGGAAGUGAAAACAGAGCAGAAAGACGAUUCUACCUUGGUUGAAACAUCAAAAACCAAACCGGCUUCCAAAGCGAACCCUAUGAGUAACUUCUUUGGAAAGCCUUCCCAAAAAAAGGUAGAUGAAAAACCUAAUAAAAGCAUCAAAGAAGAGACAGAUGGCGACUCGGAAACAUCGGUUACUGCAAGUAUGAAACAGUCACAGCCGUCUCCCAAAUCAGAGUUUGCCAUUAAAGAGGAACAGUCCAAGGUGUCCAGUGCUUUAAAAGUUGAAUCAAAAGAAACUCGAAAUAAAUCAAAGCGUCCUGAGGUUGUAGACAGUGAUGAUGAGAAAAUGGAGAGCCAACAGAAGAAGAGACGGCGUAUAAAGAAGCCCCAGCCAGACAGCAGUGAUGAUGAAGUUGUGCCAGAUUCUCCACCUGUGCCGAACAUACGGACUCCCAGCCCCAAAAAACAAGUGAAGAGAGAGUCUGUUUCACACCAAGAAGAGAGCUCAGAGGUGAAGAGGAGGAAAAGGAGGCGUGUUUUAAAGUCUCACACAUUUGUUGAUGAAGAAGGUUCCUUUGUGACCGAGAAGGGUUAUGUGAGCGAGUCUUACUCUGAGAGUGAAGAGGAGCCUGAACCCAACAGUCAAGCCAAGGACUCAAGUUCACUCAAGCAGUCAUUUGGAAAAAGGGAGGAAGAGAAAAAAGAAAAGAGUCAGAAGAAGACCUCUGCUGCUAACAAACCUACAAAGCAGCCAUCCAUUAUGGGAUUUUUCCAGAAGAAAUGAUUGUUGUUUUUUUCCUUUCAUGGACUUUUAAAGGAAUAGUUCACCUGUAAAUGAAAAUUGUUGUUAAUUACUCACCUUCAUGUUGUUCCAAAACACACACACACACACAUACGUACAUGUGUACAUACGUAAAUAUAUACACACGCACGCACACAAAAGAAAGAAAUAGCAUAAGGGUGAAGAAAUAAUGGCAAUUUUCAUUUUUUGGGUGAACUAUUCCUUUUAAGCACUUAAUUUUCAUCACUGACUUUCCUAUGAACCACAUAUGCUAUAAGCAGUUUGUCACUGAAAGGCCCUUUAGAGACAUUAAAAUGUAGAUUUCUGCUUCUACAUGAACAACCUUUUUUGCUGACUAUCCACUUGAAGGGAUAGUUCACCCAAAAAUGGAAAUUCUGUCAUCAUUUACUCAUCCUCAAGUUGUUCCAAACCUGUAUGAUUUUUUUUUAUUCUGCUGAACACAAAAGAUAUUUUGAAGAAUAUGGGUAACCAAACAGUUGAUGACUUCCAUAGUAUGGGGGAAAAAAUACUAUGGAAGUCAAUGGUGCCCUAGGCCUGUUUGGUUUCCCAUAUUCAAUAUGGGUAUAAAAUAUCUUCUUUUGUGUUCAGCAGAAGAAAGAAAUUCAUACAGGUUUGGAAAAACUUGAGAAUGAGUAAAUGAUGACAGAAUUUUCAUUUUUGGGUGAACUAUCCAUUUAAAUUUACAUGCUGGAUGUCCUUACUGAAAGCAUAUGACCAACCACCAUUACUUGACAAUAUCUAUUUGCAAAUUCAUGUUACGUUAUUUUGUCAUUAUCUGUCCAUUUUUAGAAUAGACAGACGAAGGAAAAUUUUCCUUUUUGUUUGUAUUAAUAUUCUUGUAAAAGAAAUAUUAGUGCUUUAGCCAGAAAUUACUCUGACAUUCAUGAGUUAAGUCCAUUAAAAAGCCUCUUAAUGGUCAAGAAAAUGUUUUUCCCUUGCUGUCUUGUUUGGUUCCUGUGAGUCGAGUUGUUUUCUCCUCCGAGCUUCAUAUUUCUAAAUGACAUCAGUUUCUGGCACUGUGGUUGUGUUGAUCUUGGACAUUUCCAUUUAUCAAAACUAAACUUACUGUGUGGAAUGGCAUGCCUCUGGAAAUGCACAUCAAAAUCAGUCCAAGCUCUUCUGAUCCAGUGCCACAGACAUGAAAUUGAGCGUUUUGUGCCAAGACAUCAUUCCCCAUAAACUCACUUUUUUCCCUGAGGAAAGGCUCCUAAACUUAAGCCUGAGCAAGUGUGUGUGACCGAAUGCAAGAACAGAGUGUUCUUUAUAUUGUUGUAAAACAUUUGUAAUUGUACUUUUGAACAUGAGGUCCAACAAAGAGAGAAUUUCUGUUUGUUUUAUACAGUAUAUUAAAGAUUCAGAUUUUG